UACGCUCUCCCCUAGUUGGGACACCCCUAAAAUAAAGCGUCGUAGUCCUAGGGCACACCGCCGGUGCGCGGCAAGAUUACCGAUGGCACCACUAAAAUUUCUGGAGCAGCGGUACCCUUUCAUUGACUCUAAUUUUCGGACCUUUUGCGGCGCUCAUGGCAUUUUCUCAGUUGAAGAUUUUCUUUUGUACGACACACACAAUUUGGCUGUUUCAGCAGCGCAGGAGCCUACUUCAGCAAGACUGAAGCAGGGCAUUACCCAGGUUCUUGCUAGCAUUGAAACACUGCAUCAACCAUGGUUAAAUGGUACAGAAAUGUUAGAUGAUUCAGUACAGCAUAAACACAUUCUAUCUACGGGAUGUCAAUGCAUUGACGUUUUCCUUGAAGGUGGAUUCAGAGGAGGGCAUCUCACUGAGCUAGUUGGACCAUCAUCGUCCGGUAAAACACAAGUCUGCCUUCUGAUUGCCACAAAUGUUGCCAAAAGUUCAGGCAAAGUUAUGUUCUUGGACACAAGCAAUUCGUUUUCUCCCAAACGUGUUGCAGAGUUUGUCAAUCAGACAUCAGAUCAUUCUACUCGUAAGGUGAAACGAACACUUGAACAUAUUAUGAGUAAUAUAGUUUGUUACUCCGUUUUUGAUAUCUUUACAAUGUUUGAUGUCGUCCAUCAGCUGAGGAGAACCUUGAGAUCUCUCGGGUUGCAGGGUGAAGUUGCUAAUUAUUGAUUCAAUCUCAUCACUUAUCGCUCCAGUUCUUGGAGGGUGUGGUGCACAUGGACAUAAAUGUCAGCUUUGAUGUAAAAACAGGACAUGCUUUGAUGGUGUCAGCAGGAUUUAUGCUAAAACAACUAGCAGAUGAGCAUGACCUUCCUGUUUUGGUAACCAAUCAUAUGGUAGCUGGAGAAGGAAGCAAUCUGAAACCUGCACUUGGUGAGAGUUGGAAGGGCAUUCCACAUAUCAGACUGCUGCUUUCUCGCGACUCUACCAGACACAUCAGCACCAUUUCAGUUAUAAAACACCCGCAUAUGGCUGCUGGAGAUCAAGUGGAGUUCCAAACACCAUGACAGGCUGUUGCUUGACAGCAAGUCUACCAACACCGAGAUUCAUACUUUCAUGUGCUGAUAAAUCAUAUAUGUUUGACGUGCUAGUUCAGCCCCAAAUAUUCCAAAUAUAGGUUCAUGUAAUUACUGUGUAAUUACUGUUGGUUUCAGUGACCUGUUUUGCUGUCAAAUACAACACAAACAGAGAACAGAGCACAGCACUCCUGAAUUGGGCAAAAUCCCCUUUUCUAUUACUUGUGCUUAACUGAAUAGAUUCUGGGGAGAGUUACUAAGUGAAAGAA